AGAUCAAACUGCAAUACCAAGGAGAAGAAAGAGUUUCCAACGCGCUAGAACGACAAGGUAUCAAACGUCUUCUUGAAUACAUGUUGGACGUUCCAUGGGUCGGCACUCACGAUCCUACUGGACCGUGCAGACAUUGUCAAAUGACAGCGAUGUGGUUUCAACUUGCACAUUCUCUCAUGGAUAGAGUCUUCGCUAAACAACGUGUGGUGAACCCUGUCGAGGCUGGACGAAGUUUUGGCAGUGUAGCUCGGAAUGAGAGCUUGUUACAUAACAGGAGUUCAUUAAGAAGUGGUAAGAGAGCUUACACCUAUCGCCUUCUAUUUAGAUUUCCACGCUUUUUCGCAUGAGAAGACUGGAACCUAGGCAAUUUGGGAGCGGGGUCCCAGUAGAUUUCCCAAUGAAAACGUUGAAAACUGCCCCGUUUCAACAUAGUCAACUUUUGCAUUCUCAUGCAGGAUGGACUUUUCGCAAUCGAGGGUAGGAACUAUUAACGUAUAAUUGUGCGUGGUUGAAGUAAAAACGAAAGUUAUGUACAGUAUACGGAACAUGACUUUUCUACUAUUUCAUUACCAACAUAAUGUCAACUAAUACAUAUGUUAAAAAAAAUCAUUCUCGCAAUGUACUACGUAGAAUGACUUCUUUUAACUUAUGCAUUAGUUGACAUUAUGUUACUUAUAAAAUAUUGAAAAAGUCAUGUUCCGUAUACUGUACAUAACGUUUCGUUUUUACUUGAACCACUCAUAAUUUUAAUUCUCUCGCGUGUUGCCAGAGUCUUCUAUUUUCGUAAUCAAAUACAUUAAUCUCCAUGAAAACAUACAAUGCGUUAUAGUGGUUCACGGGUAACUAAUAUCAUGAUUCCCUAUGUUUCAGAGAAGAACAAUAAUCGUUCUGAAAGGAAUACAGAUGACACAGACACAGUUACGUCAGAACAAGCUGAAAGUGUCAGGACAAAUGCCCAAGGUUUGUGGACUUGACAUGGUUAAGCAAGCGAAAAUUUUGUAACAACGGACACCAUUAGACGGUAAUGGCGUAUUUACUGAGUAUUUCAUGAGCACAUUAGCCAACCGUAUUGGAUUAUUUUUGGUCACAUGAUUAUACCUGAAACCUUGUUCGCUCAUUAUAAAACAACAAAUAAUUAAAAACGUGUAUCUUUGUGCGUCAAUUUCGUGGAAAAUCCGUAUUUUUGGGUCAGGCAGAUCAAGAAAUGUUUUAAUUAAGCGCCCACCAAUCGUAUUUUGUCGUAAUCAGCCGUUUUCUGGAUUUUUUCACUGAAAAGUUUGCUAACCUACAUCUAAGAUUAUAUAUAGUUAUAGGUAAUAUCCAGUCGACCAGAGCGCAUGCACGUCUGUCUUGUUAUGUAACUUUACCUUCUCAUUAUUGAUAGGUUUUUAUUUUUGUGGAAAAAUGUCUCCACUUUCUAGCAAACUAAACUCAAUUAAUAACCAAUGUUAUACUCUUAAGGCGAUUUUUCAGUCCUCGCACGAAGCGCCUCUCAGCUCGCUGCGAAUGCUUGCAUCUAAUUAAAAUUAACUCUUAAGUAUUGUGAUUGGAUGAAAGUGCUCAUGCAUGCACUCGCAGCAAGCUGCGAGGAGCUUCGUGCGAGGACUGGAAAAUCGCCUUAAGAGUAUAACGUUGGUUAUUUUAGUUUACUAGAAAGUGGAGACAUUUUUCCAAAAAAUAAAAACCUAUCAAUAAUGAGAAGGUAAAGUUACAUAACAAGACAGACGUGAUGCAUGAAAAUUCCAGCCGAGGUCACCGCGAGUGACUCGUCAUCGUUCCAUCAUUUGAUUGGACGAAAUCCUCGAUCGCUUUUGUGAUUUGCUACUGUGCAUUGCGAAAGGAGUUUUGUCAUAAGUAAAUCCAUUUGGAAGACUUAAUAUCUAUACAAUAAAUUAUUUUUUCUUUCCUGCAGUGGAUGACUCGACGUCUCAAAUGGCUGACAGUGUGUUCGAAGCAGGGGGCAGUGCACACACUAGGGCAUCUAUACGAAGUUCAUGCAGCAGCGUGGGAUCAACAAUAUCAUUCGAAAGCGCUGCUGAUAGAGGUCCUCAUAUCCGCUUCUUACUUGGAGUUUUAAAGGUCUGUCUUAUAGCAGUAUAAUGUCGGGAAAUUUAAUUAUAUUAGCCGAGAAAUAUUAGAACCGGCGGACAUUUUAUACCAG